CACUAGAGAAUGUUCACGUCGCGUGCUGUCCAAUUUAUAAUUCUACAUGCGUCAACGAAGAUUUUGAUAAGUGUACGACGUAAAUUUAUAGGUCAUAGUGUAAAAUGAGAUUUAAAAUAUCUGCACAGAAUCGCAACGGCCAUAAGCGUUUGGUGACCUGUGUAGCAUGGAGCUCUGCCGAAGAAAUUUAUUCCUGCGGAGAAGAUCAUUUGUUAAUAUCAUGGCAUUUGGAAGGUGGAAUCGCGCAUUCCAGUGUUGUCACACAAUUUCCUGACGAUUUUUAUCCGACGGACAUGCAAUGGCAUCCACGGCUAAACUAUGGAACAUUAAUUACAAAAAAACAGACAUUAGACGUUCUCUUGAUUACUACGGCGGAUGGAAAGUAUCACUUAGUCAAUAAGAAUGGUCGUAUAGAGAAGAGUGUUGAGGCUCAUAAAGGAGCAACUACAGUAGGCAGAUGGAGUUCAGAUGGUUCUGCUCUUUUAACAGCUGGUGAGGAUGGUUUAAUAAAAGUCUGGUCACGAAGUGGUAUGCUUCGGUCCGUUAUUGUCCGAGGUUCAUUUCCUAUUUUGUCUGCUGCUUGGAGCCCAAAUUGUACAACAGUCCUAUACACACAGGGUGCUCAUCUAAUAUUUCAGUCACUGAACACAAAUUCUAAACCUCGAAAGUUACUGGCGCAUGAUGGUCUCAUCUUGAUUGUAUGUUGGUGCCAUACUAAUGGUCUUGUAAUUUCUGGUGGAGAAGAUUGUAGAUAUAAGGUAUGGGAUCCUAAUGGUGCUCUAAUCUUCUCCAGUAACAUGGGAGAUUAUCCUAUUACAUCAAUAAGUUGGAGUUACUCAGGGAACCACUUUGCUGUCGGAUCUUUCAACACAAUCAAACUGUGUGACAAAACAGGAUGGUCCUAUUCAUUAGAAAAAAUUAAUUCCGGAAGCAUAUACUGUAUUGCCUGGUCCAGUGAUAGUACACAGGUUGCUAUGGCUUGUAGUAAUGGAACUGUGUUAACUGGACAUAUAAUAGAUAGGAGGCUGGAAUGGCACAAUUACGAAGCUACAUUAGUCAAAAGAAAAGUGAUUGAAAUCAGACAUAUUGCUAAUGAAGUUCAAGAAACAUUAGAAAUAUCGGAUCGUGUGGUCCAACUGGAAUUUGGUUUUGAUCAUUUGGUCGUUAUAACGCCGGCCCAGUGCCAUAUUUACUCGGUAGUAAAUUGGAACACACCAGCGAUAUUUGAUUUGAAGAAUGCCACUGUAUCAGCAGUGCUACUUGCAGAGAAACAGUUUCUACUGGUCGAAUGGAAUAGCGUAUCGCUCUACAGCUAUCAAGGCCGAUUAUUAGGAACUCCGAAGUGGAAAGGGAUGACACAGGAACGACUUCACCCCCCUUGCGUAUCAUUGUGCUCUGACACUUUAGUUAUAAGAUCGCAGACUAAUGAAAAAUUACUUCACGUUUUGGAAGUCGCCUACAAUAAACCGAUAACAGAAAGUCAAUCCUACGUACACCUUCAAGAUAUUACGAGGGUGGCGCUAAACCAAAUAGGAGGGCCGAAUGAACGACAAGUGGCGUUAAUCGAUUUGAAUAAAGACUUGUUUCUGGUUUCUGUUAGAUCUACUGGUUUUGGUAGAGUAUGUAAAAUAGCUGCGAUGGCACAGGACAUUGCAUGGGCAACAGACGCGAAUGUUUUAGCAGCAAUGCUCGAUGCAAUGUUGUCUGUAUGGCUGUGCCCUAAUUGUGUGCAUUAUAGCGAUCGGAAAAUAAUAAGGAAAACUAGGAUUGACAAAGCAAGCAGUGAGUUUGGCAAACAGCCAAGUAUUUCAAGUGUAUACAACGGUAUGGUAAUGGUUCGUCGAGGUGAUGGUGCAUUGGUGGCAUCUUCUUUUUAUACAUUCUUCAUCAGCCUUCAUCAACACAUAUUAAACAAGAGGUGGAAAGAAGCGUUAUCUCUUUGUCGAAUCGCUCAGAAUGAAAUAUUAUGGACUUGUAUGGCCGUUAUGGCGACCGACAAUAAAGAACUGAGUGCAGCAGAAGAAGCAUAUGCCGCGAUCUCACGAUACGACAAAGUAGAUUAUAUUCAAUAUAUAAAGGGUUUCACAAGCAAAACUCAGAGACUAGCAGAAAUGGCGCUUCUCUCGGGUGAUCUGCUGACUGCGGAAGGCAUUCUUUUGCAAAAUGGUUUGAUCGCGGAAGCUAUACGAAUUAACAUCGAAGUGUACAAUUGGAAUAGAGCUUUGGAAUUGGCCAUUAGACAUAAAAAGCAACAAGAGGAAGUUCUGUAUGCGAGAAAAAAAUAUCUAGAAGUGAUUAAUAAGGAAGAAACGAAUCAGAGCUUCCUCGCGUAUAUCGCAACCGUUACGAAAGUACAGGAAUUAAAUGAGAAACAGAACAACCAGGUACACCAAGGGACCGUUGAACGGACCGUUAGUCGAGAGGAACCGGAAUUCUUGGAGCCGGAAGUUACACAUCGUGAGAUGUCGGAACAAGAAGUGUAUACUUGAAAGGGCGGCGCAUGUUGCGUUUAUACGAAUCAUUUAAUGAAAUACGUAAAAUUUAAAUAUAAUGAACCAUUGCCCAAAGGUAAACGAUCUGGUAACUGCUAGCCUAAGGAACAUUAAAAAGCGAGGAUUUUCAAGUAGUAAGAAACUCGUGCGAAAAAGUGUUAUGAAAAUUUUUACUAUAUUCAGUUGUGCAAUAAAUAUAAAUAAUCAUGGCUGUAUAUUUAGUACAUGUUAUAAAAUUAAAAAUUUUAAAAAUAUCGAGACUAUAACGACGAUCACUGUAGAAAAUAUAAAUAAUGACACAAGCUUCCGCGUA